ACUUUAGCUGUGGCCACCUUAACCUAGAGUACGCGACGCAAUAUAAAUAUCUGGGAUUGAAGCUUAAUGAACACAUGGACAUGACGAAAUCUGCAACAAUCCUUGCAAAGUCAGGAUCAAGAGCCCUGGGAGCAAUAAUGGCAAAAUCACGAGCCAACGGUGGUUUAAGCUAUGAGGUUUACACCCAUUUAUUUGACUGUCUAGUUGCACCAGUGUUACAUUAUAGUGCCGGCGUAUGGGGAACAAACAAAACAGUAGGCGCAGCCGCAACUAUUGUACAGAACAAAGCCCGGCGUUUCUACUUAGGUGUCGGCCAACACGCGUCAAACAUAGCUACACAAGGAGAUAUGUGUUGGGUCUCAGUUAACACUAAGCAAAAAGUGGAAGCAACGAGAUUGUGGUGUCGACUCAAAAACAUGUCAGAACACAGAAUAACAAAGAAAAUUCACCUUUGGGCUCUGACGCAGCAUAACUCGUGGGAAUAUAAAAUGCAGCGUUUGUUACGAGAGAACAACAAACCAAAUCUUAUCACUGAUGGUGAAAUCUCCGGUGUAAGAUCUAUACUACAAUCAAGACCAUCGUAUUGA